CACUUCGCGGAUCCAAGGGCUUUUCCUCAUGGAUUACCCCGGCCCGGUCCAUCGUGAAUAGCUAACUUGCUUGGCGACCUUCUCUAGCAGCGACUAACGAAGCCCCGAACUUAUCGUCGCUCUUCUUGAUUCCUACCCAUCGAAUCUACCUAGCUUAAACCAUUUUUUGCAACUUUGGUCUCGUAUGGCCUAAAGUGCAAAUUAACCCGGAUGACACACUAACCACUCUUUUUGAGUCUCUGGAUCGAAUUCCAGCGAGUGUCAUUCCUUAUAUUUCGACAUGUCUGCCGAAACAUCGCCGCGCGCCGUUCGAUUUUCCCAGAGCGAAGUUGAUCUGGCUCAAGAUAAGGUCAAAAUCCCACGACCCAUAGCCAUAUCCACCGAUUCCGAUGGCUCGGGUUCAUCUGAGGACUAUACACCCGAUCCGCAUGAGCUCGAGCGCCAGGACGAGUUAGGAUCACUUCCCCCAUACGGAGAUGGCAGUCUCUCGAGUUCCAUAUCCUCUAUGGCUCCAAACUCAGUCGCCAACAAUGCCGGUAGACAACGAGGUUCUACUAGCGAAGGGACCGCCAACAAUACUACGAAUGGUGUAGGCGGUCGCCAGCAGCAAAGACCUCAUGUUACGCGAACUCCAUCGAGCACCUAUGCCCCGCAAAGGGGUCCACCUCCUCAACCGCCCUCUUUUAUUUCUACCUCAACACGAUCCGGUUCCCGCCGACGAGACCCCGCCGAUAAGUUUCGCGAUCAAGAACCUGCUUACCUGCGCAUGAUGCGCCAAGAUCGACCGCCGAACGGAUACUUCGACCCUUACACUCCCAGUAUAGACUAUUCCGAUGAAGAAUCAGAGGGCGAAACCCCUUCAUCAGAAGGGGUUUUCGAUGACCGAUUCCCUAAUGAUGAGACUAUUAUGUUCCAGAACCUAAUCGACGACACACAACCGACCGAAGAAGAUAUCAAAGACCCCGUCAAUCGCGAACGGUUAGAAUGGCACGGCAUGCUAGCGGCUGUUUUGACCGGGGACGUUGUUAAACAAGAGAAGAAGCGACUUAUCGGCACAUCAGAAUUACAAGUUGGGAAGUCCACCUACAAAGGUGAUCUAUGGCUAGGAGUCAGGUCAAAAACAACAGGCCGGUCCCUUGCCGUCCAAAGAAGGAUUGUCGAACAGAAACGGGAGAACCUCGACCGAAUCAUCGACGAAAUUAUACGAUUCGAGGUACAAGGCGAAACUGCAGCGGGUAAACCCGCCCUCGAGCAAGUUCGGGAUAUUGUCAACAAAAUUGGGGUAUGCGAGAGCCUAUAUCCUUCGUGGCAGGCAUUAGGAGCUGCGCAUCAGCAAGCCACCUCGCAAUCAUUCCAAGAAGCUUACGAUUCCGUUAUGUCAUGGUACAAUACCAAUGAAAUGAUUAACACCGAGCUAUCGAUCCUUAAGAAGUGGGUUGGCAAUGACGACCUAGAUUUCCAGAGGACGAAGCAGAGAUCACCGAGUACCAAUGGUUUAAGCGAUGAGACGUCUUUCUUGGACCGCCUUUUGAAGGAAGAUGGCUUAAGGUCGCUACAUGAAGAUGACGAAACUGCGACGCAGGAGUACGCACUCAAGACCAAGUCACUCAUUCGAAGGAGUAUGCUAACGCCGAUCUCAACGACAAUCGCCAAGGCUAAGGAGACUCUAAUCAUGAAUUCCUCGGCUUUUCAUAAACGGCAUCUUCCCCCGUAUAUCGAGGAAAUACUUACGCUUAUUAGCUUUCCGUCGCGGCUGAUUGAAGAAAUCAUCAAGGUCAGGGUUGCUUAUGCGAGGAAGAUGAAAGAGACUACUCAGCAAACACCCAUCCUUCAAGAUCAAAUGAUCUCGCAAUUUGAGAUCCUGUUAAAGCUUGCUAUUCGAAUCAAACAAGAGAAUCUCACGGUUUCCCAGCCUCAGCCUGGGUGGAACCUACCACCAUGUAUCGAUGAGUCGUUUGAUCAGGUUGUACUCGAUGCUUUGAAGUACUACUUCAAGAUGUUGAACUGGAAGCUGAGCCGGAACAAGAACACAUUCAAGGAGGCCGAAGUCCUGUUUCAAGAAUGGGAUUUUGCCAACGAAAUCGGCCGGCAUCUCGUUGGAGGUGACAUCGAAGUCGCCGAACAAUUCAGCAACCUCACAUACAAAGCUCUCAAUCGCCUUAGUCAGACGUUUGAGCGCGAGCUUCAGAGGAAACCUAAAGAAAGCCCAGAUGAUAUGAGUAAAAGAUAUAUGCAAAUGUUAGAUUCAGUGAGGGUUAGGCAAAGAAUGCUCCAACGGUUCUCGAGAAUGUUAAGUGAGCAUUAUGAAAACGCCUCGGAUAUGAGUAUCGCCCUAGGCGCUGAUGGCCUCAAAUCUCUAUAUGAACGGCUUUCAGUCACUGGCCACUUUUUGGUCGAUGAAGUCGAUGGAAUACAAAUUAUAGCAUCGCCGUCGCUAAUGGGCCGUGACGAUGAGGUUCAGUCGAUUCUGCGGACUUGCUUCCAUGAACAAAUUUCUGAAGACCCUACGGACCCGUACGUACUAAUACUUCGUCCGGAAGCUCCACUGCACUGGUUUGGCAACCGACGUGUUCAGCCUCUCAACAUUGAGUCUACUGACCUCAAGCUUGGCCAAAUGCGUCUCAUUGCGGACGGGUCUCAAGCCCGAUUAUCUAACGCGAGAAAACUCUUCCUAGACACGAUCGAUAUGCAUCUCGAUCUCAUCUUAGAAGCACGAUCGAACCUACACAAGGUCAACACUAGGUUAUUCGAGAUUCGAAAAGUCGGCUUUAAAUUGUCAAACACAUUCAUGGACAGUGUUGAGAUCAUUCGGAAGCAAACGAAAGACUUAGAUUGCCAAGACCUUAUUCAAACUUGUUUCGUCUUCGCGACAGAGUUCGGGCAACGAUCCCUCUUAUACAUGGACAGUAACCGGCGACAAAUGAACAAUAUGAAACUCACAAAGCUUAGUUUGGAUUGGGUUGGUUUUAUAUGUGACGACUGUAAAGUCACUGAUCGCAAGUCCUUCCGUUGGGCGGUGCCCGCAUUGGAAUUUGCAAUGAGCAUGACCAGAGGUCGACAUAUCUUAGGACUCGGCGACGACGAAUAUGCCAAACUACGAGCAAAAGUGUCGGGUUGCAUGUCACUUCUUAUUUCACACUUCGAUAUACUCGGCGCUAAGUCCAACCAAGCCGCCCAAUUAGAGCGGGAGCGAAUUGAAGCUCUCAUCGGAAAGUUCAAGCAAUUCGACAAGAACCGUACGCUUGAUGACGAAGAAGCUACCAAGUACAUCCAAGCGCAACGUCUGCUGCAACUUGGCGAUAUUGACGAUGCACAGAGGCGUAUCGUUGAAGAGAGGCAAGGACUAGGACGGGUAUUGGAGGUUUCCAACGAAGUCGAUCGUUCGUUAGCAUACCUAUCAUCAUCCGCCACUAACGUGACGAUGAGAUGGCAACAAGGGCAUUUUGUCGGCGGCGGCACGUUUGGAAAUGUUUACGCUGCCAUGAAUCUUGAUACCGGCCAUCUCAUGGCGGUUAAAGAAAUCAGAUUACAGGACCCGAAGUUGAUACCUCAAAUCGCAACACAAAUCAAAGACGAAAUGGGUGUCUUGGAGGUUUUAACCCAUCCAAACGUCGUGUCUUACUAUGGCAUCGAAGUUCAUCGUGAUAGGGUUUACAUCUUCAUGGAAUUCUGUUCAGGCGGUUCACUAGCUGCUUUGUUAGAACAUGGCCGUAUCGAGGAUGAGCAAGUUGUUAUGGUCUACGCAUUACAGCUUCUUGAAGGUCUAGCUUACCUGCAUGGAAUGAGCAUUGCUCACCGUGACAUCAAACCAGAGAACAUCCUUCUGGACCAUAAUGGUGUUAUCAAGUACGUUGAUUUUGGUGCCGCCAAGGUUAUCGCACGACAGGGCCGUACUUUAGUUCACGGCGUCGCCGCCACAAAACCCAACAAGUCAAUGACUGGCACGCCCAUGUACAUGUCGCCCGAAGUCAUUAAGGGCGAAAACCCAGGGCGUGCCGGAGCGGUAGAUGUGUGGUCAUUAGGAUGUGUUAUUCUGGAGAUGGUGACUGGUCGUCGACCUUGGUCUAAUCUUGAUAACGAAUGGGCAAUUAUGUACAACAUUGCUCAAGGCAAUCCUCCACAACUUCCAACCACGGACCAGUUAAGUCCGCAGGGUAUUGACUUCUUAAGCAAAUGUUUUAUUAGGGAUCCAAAGAAGAGAGCUAGUGCUGUUGAGCUUCUUCAGCACGAGUGGAUCAUGUGCAUUCGCAACCAAGUUAUCGAGCCGCCAACACCAAGCGAUACUAGCAGCAACUCCGCUCAGAGUACGCCACAUCCUAUUUCAGCGGGAAGCAGAGGAAGUGCGGGAGGGGAGAAUGGCUUUUAUUAGGGAUACUGGCCCCCCGAAGAUAUGCCUUCUGUUCAAGUUACUGAGACGGUGGAGGAUAAUGUAUCGUCAUUUGGCGAGCCCGCGUUGACACCGCCGGCCGAAGAUUAUGCCGGCACAAACCCGAAUAUAUAUCAACUAUCAAACGCGAGCACUCGAUCAACUCCUCCUAUUAAUCUACAAGCCGCGCAAGAGUCCGCAAGGAGAGCUCAGAUCAGAGAAAAUGUUACCAGAGCACGAGCUAGGUCUGAAUCUACCUUACCGACUAACUUGCAGUAUGAUUUUUGGGAAGCAGACUUCGGUCCAAGUUCCUCCAAUAGCGGACCUUAAAACCAUUUGAAGAAGUCUAAGAUGAGGAUGGGAUUUUGCAAAUCC